AUGCCUUCCAAAGUUGUCAUUGUGGGUGCUGGCCCUGUCGGGGCGUUGGCUGGACUGUAUGCAGCUCAGCGGGGGAUGGAUGUUGAAAUAUAUGAGCUGAGAGACGACCUCCGUUUGUCAACCGCAGUACCGCUCAACUACACCAAAUCAAUCAACCUGACCCUCUCCGAACGAGGCAUCCAGGCGCUCAAACACAGCGGACGCAACAGUCUGGUCGACGAUAUUUUGAACAAAACCGUCCCCGUGCAUGCUCGAAUGGUGCACGGGAAGAACAAAACGAAGUUAACGACAAGCCGAAUGGCAUACGAUAUUAAAAAGGAGGCUUUGCAUGUGAUAGACCGGGCACAGCUGAACAAGUCCCUGUUGCAUGGGCUUUCCAGCUUCCCCAAUGUCCGCGUCUUUUAUAAUCACAAGCUGGCCUCGUUGAACUUGAAAGAGAAAGUUGCCACCUUUAAGGACACCAGCGUCAAGGAUGCCGAAGAUAACAACGUGCACAAGGUCAACUUUGAUUUGAUCAUUGGUGCUGAUGGCGCAUACUCGGUCACUCGGUACCAUCUUUCGCGCUACACAAAGCUGAGCAUCAACCAGUCAUGGCUUGACAUUUAUUGGUGCGAGUUUGCUAUGCCAAAGGGCCAUGGACUGCCACUAGACUGCUUGCAUCUUUGGCCUCAGAAGGACUUUAUGUUCAUUGCCCUUCCUGACAAAGAAGGAACAUUUACCUGUAAUCUCUUCGCCUCGGAAAGCAUUUUCAAAUCGUUGAAAUCCUCCGGCAAAAUCGUCGAGUUCUUCCACGAGCACUUCCCUGGCGUCACACCGGGCCUCAUCACAACCGAGAGCCUACAGGGGCAGUUCUUGAAAAACAACUAUUUCCCUCUUAUGGAUAUCCGCUGCUCGCCAUACCACUACGGCGACUCGUGCGUCCUCGUGGGCGAUGCCGCACACGCCAUGGUACCUUUCUACGGCCAAGGACUGAAUACUGGAUUAGAGGAUCAUUAUAUAAAAGCCGCUGCCCUUGGAUCUACCGGAAGCAGCGCCGAGCCCAUGGAAGCACUUCUUCAGCAAUACACCCAAUUCCGCCAGCCGGAUGUGCACGUUAUCAACAACCUUGCUCUGAAAAACUAUCACGAGAUGCGCCGUGGUGUUUUGACCAUCUCGUACAAGGUCCGCAAGCUGAUUGAAGAGACUCUCUGCCUUUAUGUGCCGCAGCUCGGCUGGGCGACCCAGUACCGUAAUGUGGCUUUUACCACCAUGCGGUAUACCGAAGUCGCCGAAAAGGUUGAGAAGCAAGGGCUCAUUUUGCAAAUUGCAUCCGUGAUGAUUUUUGCGUUUAUGGCUAUUGCCUUUUUUUGGGUUACUUUAUUGGUUUUGGGUAGCAACCCGGCCGUUCCUUCGCUCCCGAUGAUAUUUGCUUGA